GCCGAUUCUUUCGCUCCGUCGAUAAUUCCGCCUUUUGCUUCUUUAGAUUUUAUUUUCAGCUUCUUCACAGAUGGAUGCCAUAGUUGCCCAGUACUCUCGGCCGCACUACCAGGAGCAGGCCGCCAUAGAGCAAGAUGACCAGGAAAUCACGACGAUUCUCCCUCCCCUGUCACUGAGAUUCGACUUACCUCCUAUUUCUCAACCCGCGUCAUUCCUCCGAGCGAUGACAGACGACCAUGCCAAUCCAGAGUGCCCAAUCAAGAUUGCCCACGGUACAACGACCCUCGCGUUCAGAUUCCAAGGCGGAAUUAUCGUCGCCACAGACUCAAGAGCUACGGCGGGAAAUUGGAUUGCGAGUCAAACGGUGAAGAAGGUCAUUGAGAUCAAUAACUGUUUGCUGGGAACCAUGGCCGGUGGUGCCGCUGAUUGCCAAUACUGGCUCGCGUAUCUUGGCAUGCUCUGUCGUCUCCACGAACUCCGCCAUAAACGUCGAAUCUCCGUCGCCGCCGCUUCGAAACUCCUUGCCAACCUCGUUUACAACUACAAGGGGAUGGGUCUCAGCAUGGGUACGAUGUGUGCUGGUGUAACGCCUCAAGAGGGCCCGGCCCUAUACUACAUCGAUUCAGACGGAACCAGGCUGGCAGGUAACCUCUUCUGCGUUGGCUCCGGUCAGACUUUUGCCUAUGGCGUCUUGGACGCGGAAUACAGAUACGAUUUGACUGAGGAAGAGGCAUUGAAUCUCGGGCGUCGAAGCAUUCUGGCUGCUAUGCACCGUGAUGCUUAUUCUGGUGGCUUCGUCAAUCUGUACCACGUGAAGGAGGACGGAUGGGUGAAGCACGGUUUCAAUGACAUGAACCCUAUUUUCUGGAAGGAGAAACUAGAGACUGGCGAGUUCUCCAAUGUCCCGAUGAAGCUGGAGUGAUUUGCCUUUUAUGAACGUGGGUUAGCGAAUACAUACGUUUUUUUUUUUUUUUUUUUUUUUUUUUGGUUUCCUGAUUGCCAUUUAAUUCUCGUACUGUGCGUUGCCCGGUUUUAUCGAGGGUUUCUGUUGAGCUCAUGUCCUUGUUGUUCUCCCGCCAAUCUUCCAUUCUACAUGAGGGUAGGCGCAUAGAUGAGUUAGUACGGAUCAGGUUAACUGUAGACUACGCUAGGGACUCGUCUAGCCGUCUUGUUUACUCUCUCAUAGUUAAGACACCGGAAGUAUACGUGGCGACGAGUAGGUAAAGGCUCAAAACAUUCAAAUCCUGUCGUGUCUAACUAAUCAGUAUAAAUUCUCAAUAUUGCGCCUUUGACGCCUCUCGUCGUCGCGUAACCCAUUCAUCUAACCACUUUUUUUGCCAUCUAUCUAAUUAAUUAUCAACAUGGAACUUCAUCUUCACUCCCA